CCCCGUUUGACCAAAUGUCGUUGUUGGUCAUAUAUUUUAGCGCCAAAAAUUCAAACUGGCAUGUUUAAUGAUGUAUCAAUUUACGUUGAUCAUUGRCAGAUAAAAGGCUCUUCUCACUCUUCCAGCUUCAGUUAUCUSAACGACUCGGACAGAGCAACUAAACUCAAAAUCUCUAAUCAAACAAAGCAAAGAUGUCCCUACUUCAGUGCAUAUUGUUCUUUCAGCUCGUAUUUGGUGCGGCUGUUGCAGAUCUCUCAGAGGAUUCUGACUUGUUGAAACUUCUUGAUGAAUUGAGUAAAGAUACUUCAAAUGAAAUUGAAAGACCUUUGAGCAAGCGUAAAAUGAUGAAGCCUCAAGCCUGGAAAGAGGACCCUCAAGCUUGGAAGCAGGACCCUCAUGCCUGGAAACAGGACCCUCAAGCCUGGAAGCAGGACCCUCAAGCUUGGAAGCAAGACCCUCAAGCCUGGAAACAGGACCCUCAAGCCUGGAAGCAGGACCCUCAAGCUUGGAAGCAAGACCCUCAAGCCUGGAAACAGGACCCUCAAGCCUGGAAGCAGGACCCUCAAGCUUGGAAGCAAGACCCUCAAGCCUGGAAACAGGACCCUCAAGCCUGGAAGCAGGACCCUCAAGCUUGGAAGCAAGACCCUCAAGCCUGGAAACAGGACCCUCAAGCCUGGAAGCAGGACCCUCAAGCUUGGAAGCAAGACCCUCAAGCCUGGAAACAGGACCCUCAAGCCUGGAAGCAGGACCCUCAAGCUUGGAAGCAAGACCCUCAAGCCUGGAAACAGGACCCUCAAGCCUGGAAGCAGGACCCUCAAGCUUGGAAGCAAGACCCUCAAGCCUGGAAACAGGACCCUCAAGCCUGGAAGCAGGACCCUCAAGCUUGGAAGCAAGACCCUCAAGCCUGGAAACAGGACCCUCAAGCCUGGAAAGAAGACCCUCAAGCCUGGAAACAGGACCCUCAGGCUUGGAAGAAAGAUAAAAAACCACUGAAAGUUCGUGUUCGUCUCGUUAGUAAACAGUUUCGCAACAUGGGUCGUGUCGAGGUAUUGUAUCGUGGCCGAUGGGGAUCAGUCUGUGAUCGCUCGUGGAACCGUUAUGAUGCCAAUGUAGUCUGCCGUCAGCUUGGUUACCCAAGAGCCUUAGCGGUCCGUCGAGGAGCUCACUUCGGUCAAAGUAAAGGUCCCAUUUGGAUGGAUAAUGUCAGGUGUACAGGUCGCGAAACGAAUCUUGGGAUGUGUCGGUUUAAUGGGUGGGGCAAGCAUAGGUGUCGCCACAGUAACGAUGUGGGCGUGGUAUGCCAACCCAAAGAAACGUUAAAAACGUAUCAUCUAUGUGAAAACCACAAUGGUGUCCUGCGAUGUCCCAGUCGUAAGCGUCUAUGGAUUGUUUAUGCGAACUAUGGUCGUACCAGUGGUCGGUCUGUCUGUCCUCACUCCAAUAUAAAGAAUACACGGUGCUUAAAUAAGUCGUCUAGUCAAGGGAUUCGGUGUGCAUGCCAUGGUAAAUCGUCAUGUCGAUUGUACGCUAAGAACGAAGUGUAUGGAGACUCGUGUCCUGGYACUCACAAGUAUAUAGAAGUCAGAUAUAAAUGUGUAUAGGCAUUUUGUAUAUAUUAUAUAGAGGGACAGUAUUAAACCCGUUUAACACUAAGUGCUAGAACAUCAAGUCCGUGAAAUAGAUAUUAGACAUUUGAUCAUUUUCUGAGACCUUGACUUGUUUCACGGGUGUUCUCAAUCUAAAAGGCUAUAAAGCUUUUAUCGUUGAAUCUCACAUGUAACCAGUUCAAUUCAAAUUCUCGAUACAUGUUAAAUUCGACGUUUAUUUCUUGCACUUUACACAAUGACCACAAGCAUUUUAACGUACUGUUAUGCAUUGUAAAGAUAUAACCUUGGAGGAAAUCGCGAAAUCGCGCUACGAGCAUACUGCAUUGAUGUAGUAGAAAAUAUAUUGAGCAAUCGCACAUGAGCUAGUAUUAACAAAAAUUCAGUCAUUUAUUGCAUUUAUUAUGAUUUUUUCAUCUUAUGAUCAAAAUAAAAAAUGAAAAUAGUUUAUA